GGUACAAGCCAAGAAAGCUUCUGAGGAUCUGCGAUUUCUGAGCAGUUGUCUUUCAAGUUCAAAAGGAAUUUGCCUCAAUAUUCCUUUUCCUACAUUUUUUCGAGGUCCAUUGUUAUUUAGGAAGCAUUGAAGACUACUUCGAGUAGGCCUAUUUGCCUGCGUCUGUUUUUAUUAACUCAUUAAAAUGGAGUUGUCGGAUAUUCCCUUCCCCAUCCCAUCAGCUGAUGAUUUCUACGACGACCCUUGCUUCAACACCAACGACAUGCACUUCUUCGAAGACCUGGACCCCAGGCUCGUUCACGUGGGUCUGCUCAAGCCCGACGAGCAUCACCACAUCGAGGACGAGCACGUCCGGGCGCCCAGCGGGCAUCACCAGGCCGGCAGGUGUCUGCUGUGGGCAUGCAAAGCGUGCAAACGAAAAACCACCAACGCUGACCGCCGCAAAGCCGCCACGAUGCGUGAGAGGCGACGACUGGGCAAAGUAAACGACGCGUUCGAGAACCUUAAGAGAUGCACGUCCACCAACCCGAACCAGAGGCUGCCCAAAGUGGAGAUCCUGAGAAACGCUAUUAGUUACAUCGAGUCUCUGCAGGCGCUGCUCAGAGGUCAAGAGGAAAACUAUUACCCUGUCCUGGAGCAUUACAGCGGGGACUCUGAUGCCUCCAGCCCGAGGUCCAACUGCUCUGAUGGCAUGAUGGAUUUCAUGGGUCCCACGUGUCCGUCGAGAAGGCGAAACAGCUAUGACAGUUCAUACUUCAACGAGACGCAAAACGCUGACGUACGGAAUAACAAAAAAGCAGUGGUUUCCAGUUUGGAUUGUCUGUCGAGCAUCGUUGAGAGAAUUUCCACGGAGACCCCCGCGUGUCCCGCGCUGUCAGUGCUGGAGGGGCCCGAUGGACACCCGUGCUCUCCGCAGGAAGGGUCUGUCCUGAGUGACACUGGGGCUCCCCUGCCGUCCCCAACCAACUGUCCCCAACAGCAGGCUCAGGAUCCCAUCUAUCAAGUGCUAUGAAGAUUCUCAACAUUUCAACAAAUAAAGAGGGACAAUCUGACUCAAGAAACAUUCAGCAUAAUAAAAAUGAAAAAUUUGAUCUUAACGACUAAAGAAAUUUCGUUCCACUGGAAACUAGGAGCAGGAGCGAAUGAUCUUUCUUUCUUUCUUUCUUUCUUUCUUUCUUU